GGCCUCGAGCCGUCCUGGGGGUGCGCUUCGAGGGACGACGCGGCGGGCAGGCCAGGGCUCCCGGAGCGGCGCGGCUGAGGACGGCUGGAGGCCGGGGAGGAGGGAGAACGCCAUGGCUGGGAGGAGGGCGUGGGGUGCGGGCAGGCAGCGCCGGCUGCUGGGGCUGCUGCUGGCUGUGGCCGCCACCCACCUCCUCGCCUGCCCCUACGCCAAAGUGGAGGAGAGCUUCAACCUGCAGGCCACGCACGACCUGCUUUACCACCGGCUGGAUGUGGACAAGUACGACCAUCUCGAGUUCCCCGGAGUGGUCCCCAGGACGUUCCUCGGGCCGCUGGCCGUGGCGGUGCUCUCCAGCCCUGCGGUCUACGUGCUGUCCCUGCUGGAAGCGUCUAAGUUUUACUCUCAGCUAGUGGUCAGGGCUGUGCUUGGACUCGGCGUUGUCUUCGGACUCUGGACUUUACAGAAGGAAGUGAGACGGCAGUUUGGAGCCACGGUGGCCACCAUGUUCUGCUGGGUGACGGCCACACAGUUCCAUCUGAUGUUCUACUGCACACGGACGCUCCCCAACGUGCUGGCCCUGCCUGUGGUCCUGCUGGCCAUCACGGCCUGGCUACAGCUGAAGUGGACCCGCUUCAUCCGGCUCUCAGCCUUCGCCAUCCUCGUCUUCAGAGCCGAGCUGAGCCUGCUGCUGGGCCUCGCGCUGCUGCUGCUUCUCAGCUCCCGGAGGCUCUCUGUGGCGAAGGCCCUGCGCUGUGCCGUGCCGGCCGGGCUGCUCUGCUUAGGACUGACGGUGGCUGUGGACUCCUAUUUUUGGCGCUAUCUCGUGUGGCCGGAGGGAAAGGUGCUCUGGUACAACACGGUCCUAAACAAAAGUUCCAACUGGGGAACCUCCCCGCUGCUGUGGUAUUUCUACUCGGCCCUGCCCCGCGGCCUGGGCUGCAGCCUGCUCUUCGUGCCCCUGGGCGCCGUGGACAGGCGGGCGCUGGCGCUGCUGCUGCCCGCGCUGGGCUUCGUGGCGCUGUACUCGCUGCUGCCGCACAAGGAGCUGCGGUUCGUCAUCUACGCCUUCCCUCUGCUCAACGUGGUGGCCGCCAGGGGCUGUGCCUGCCUGCUGAACAGUUACAGGAAGUCUUGGCUGUAUAAGGUGGGGUCCGUCCUUGUGAUAGGACACCUCUUGGUGAAUGCCACAUACUCGGCCAUAGCCCUGUACGUGUCCCACUUCAACUAUCCCGGUGGCGUGGCCAUGUGGAAACUGCAUGAGUUGGUGUCUCCCAGGACAGAUGUCGUUCUGCACAUCGACGUGGCUGCCGCACAGACCGGUGUGUCCCGGUUUUUGGAGGUCAACAGUGGCUGGAGGUAUGACAAGAGGGAGGACGUGCGGCCUGGGUCAGGGCACAUGCUGACCUACACGCACCUCCUCAUGGAGGCCGCCCCUGCGCACCUGGCCCUCUACAGGGACACGCACCGGGUCCUGGCCGGCAUCGCAGGCACCACUGGCGUGAGUCUGAACCUGACCACGCUGCCCCCGCUGGACGUGAACCUGCAGACAAAGCUGGUGCUUCUGGAGAGGCUCCGUGGGCUUUCCUGAGCAGGGGCCGGCGUUCUUCUGAGGACAUCGGAGCUCCAUCAGCGUCCCUGCAGAGGAGACCAUACAAGAAACAGCAGAACCGCGGACGUGCCCUGGACGGAGGCCUGAGGGAAGAGGCCCAGCUCCUCCAUGGCUGCCCAAGACCACAUGCGGUCACAGCGGCAGGGACCGCAGGCCUUGCCCUGCACUUCGGCCGCUGCCCCUGGGCCUCUUGGAGCACCCGAGAAAGUGCCCCCUUGGAGGGGUAUCCUGUGAGUCUUUGUGAAGAUGGACAGUGGGAACCACAGUGCCUGCUGCCCCCUCCCCUGCCUGAGCUGCAGGACGAGGCCUUUGUGGGCACAGGCAUGACAUUUCCAUCCCACACAAAACUGGGGAAUUCAAAGAGGAACAAGAAUAAAAAUUUAGAUGUUUCUUUAUUAGACAUCUCACGAGAAGUAACAUUGCCAGAGACCCCCUUCACAUAGGUUGUCUUAAGUGAUAGUUUUUAUAUCUUUACGCUUUACUGAGUAAGAAGUAUUUACAAGGUACCCGGAACGUAUCCAACACCACCGGGCGCGGAGCACAGUGCGCAGAAAUGAGUGUUAUUGCACAUGCGCACUUGGGCACGUGCGCUCACCACGCACACAUGCCACGUAUACUCCUGCCACGUAUGUGCCGACACCACGUGCACACGCACCACAUGCACUUGUGCCACACGUAGGCACCAGGCACCCCCACUGCUCAUGUGCAUAAAGGCUGCAUUUUCUGAGUCGUUGGAGAGUGUUGCCUAUGGCACGGCCUUGACCACACGUGCCCCAGCGUGUCCCAGGAAGGAGGCGAUGGCAUUUCCUACCUGUAGCUGCUGUGUCAUCCACAGCACCGACGAGCAGCGUGUGUGCUGACUCGUCCACUGGGAGGACCUCCUCCAGCCUCUCCUGCCUUGGUGCCCACUGAUGGUUGCACGGCGGCUGGCCUUGGCCGCACUCCCGCCUUCCAGCUGGUGCCCAACACUCCGCAAGCCAGCCCCGCCUUUCCCCUUUUAUCUGUCAUCAGUGUUUAUUAUCGAUGUGUUAUUGGCUCUUGUCACUCACGUAUAACGCAUCAGCAUUCACAUAUUUGUCAUCGGUUAUCAGCAUGCGUCUGUGGAUUGCCGCUGGGCCUUAACCGUCUUGAGUCAUACCCAACCACCGUGGUGUUCACGCUGCACCAAGUUCACACGGGCUGUGUGUUGUGACACACCCUGGCGUUGCUGUGUUUUGGAGUGCUUCCCUACUUCCUGGUACAAGGCUCUUAGGCCUCUCUGUCCCAGCCCCGAAAUCAGCUGUGUGAGGGGCUCUGAUUCCUUUGGUGGGGAAUGGUUGUAGAGACCAAGGUCUGGGUGUGAAAUGUGUACGUUGCUCUCAGGAUGUCUGUUUUUAGGUCCUCUCUGUGGAUGGAGCUGGGGAGGAUGGGCAUGCCCGCACACAGACCUGUGGACACAUACGUGUGUGUGUGAGAAACCCCAGUGCCAGGCUGACCUUCCAGCUCCCCGGUCUCCGUGGGCUGCUUGUUCUGUAUCUGCGCCCACCCUCCGCAGUGAGAGUCCCAACUCCAGCAAUUUCCCUGUGUUUGCUUGUUGGCUUGGCUACACAACUGCAGGUUUGUAGGCAGAUCCAGGGUCUUCAAAUUCCUUGGAGGAGCCCUCCUGCUUCCGUGUGCUGGUUUUUCAUUUGAAAUGUAACCGGGUUCACAUCUUUCUGAUAGCAUUCGGUCUCAGGAUCUGACUCCCCACGCUCUCCCACGCUUCCAGAAAUUGAACUGCUCGCAAAGGCACACUCAGGGACAGCACUCCCUCUGGGCCUCCUCCACGUUUUUAUAACUAGUGUCACUGCUUUCUGGUUUAUCCUUUCUUUUUGUAAAGAUGAGCAGAUACAUGUAGACUUCAUUCCCUUCCUUUCUAUGUGCUCUUUUGCACCUUUUUUCUUCUCCCAGAAAUCCCCCCUUCUACCCAGAGGCUUCUCGCACAGUACUCUGCUGUGUGAGUGUCUGCGGUUCACUCAGCCAGGCUCCUGUGUGUGGCACUGGGCUGUUGCCUGAACUUGACAACUUCACACCAUGCUGCACGUGUGACCCCAGACGUGUAUUUUCAUGCUGUGUGAGUGAGGUGUGUCUUUAUGGUGAGUUCCUACGAGCGGGAAUGCGAGCUCUCGGGGAAACGUGUAUCAGUUUAGCUGGGUAUCACCGUGUCUCCCUUCCCAGGGCUGGCAGAGCGUUAACACUCACCCCUUGUGCUCUAAUGGGGGAGCCGUGGGGUCUCUGUGGACUUCUCUUUAUUCCUUCAGGAGUGAAGGUGAACCUCUUCAUAGGAUGAAGAAUCAUCUGGUUUUGUAAGUUGUCUGUUCACAUAUCUUUUCUGUCUUCCAUUGGACUUGGGUCAUUUCCCCCUCACUUUUUAUAAAAACUCUUCACUUUUUGGGGUGUUUACCCUUUCCAUCCAAUAUAUGCUGCAAAUAAUUUCUCCUUGUCUUCUGACUGAUUAUGAAGCACUUUCCUGGGCACGAGUUUGCUCAGUUUCACAUUUGCACACGUGUUUACUGCGCUUUUCUUGACCCACUUCCUAUUUGGGAAGAUUUUCCCACGCUCGGGCUCCGCCAUGUUUUCUGUCAGUCACUUCUGCCUGUAGACUUCAGAUCCAUUUGAGGUCACUUCCGUUUGUGUGAGGGGUGGACCUUAUUUUAUCUUUCUCCACAUGGCUGUCCGCCUACUGAAGGGCCAUCAUUGCCUCAGAGAUUUGAAGUCACAAACAAUAUCCACAUUUCAAGUUCGGUCAAUUUUGAGAAAAGCCAUUAUAACUCUGUGCAGGCUUUUGUGAGGCUCUAAGAUUCCAGCUCCUUUGUGUAAAUAAGAGUACGUUUGGUUUUAUAAGAAACCACCAAGCUGCCUUCCAUGGUGGCUGCACCACUCUGUGUCCCGCCAGGCAUGCUGAGAGCUCCUGCUGCUCCCCGUCCUCCCAGCACUCGGUGUUGUCGGUGUCCUGCCUCUGGGCUGUUCUGACAGACGUGCAGUGGCGUCUCGUUUUCAUGGUGCAUUUGCUGGGUGCACGUCGCUGUGUUUGCUAAUAUCUUUAAGACUCUUUUUCAAUGGGAUUUUUUCCCUACUGUUGCGUUUUAAGGGUUCUUGGUACAUUGGGGAUAACAGCCCUUUUUCAGAGGCAUCUUUUGCAUGUUUUGUCCUGCCCUGUGGGGUGUCUUAUUCUCGUGACUUGGAUCUUUCAUAGAGCAGAGAAUUUUAAUUUUAACAAAGUCUAGCUAUCAGUUCCCUCUUUUUGUGCUUUUGGUGUUGUAUCUGAAAAGUCAUCUCCAGGGG